UGCAGGAUGUGUGAUGGCUACUGCAUGGGGAGGACCCUAGUCAACGCUGCGUCCCUCGAAGCCCCAGCUAGCAUUCCUGUUUUCUUCCCUGGGGCCCGGGAUUAGAGAAGUCACAAAUUACCCUGGAGGCUGGUGCUGGGGAGGACUUACAAGAGGCAGGGACACGCGCCAGCCCUUUCCAAAGUUCCAACUGCCCGGCCAGUCCAACCGCGAGUCUCCCCGGCCGAUUUACCAGCGGUUUGUUCUUCCCACCCCCAUCCCCGCGAGCCCAGUACAGUGAGGCAGCCCCGUAACUGCUGCCAGGGCCCCCUGAUCUGGCUCCUUGAGAGUCGCUCUAAUGCCAACAGUCAUCGCACCCCAGUCCCGAGGAAACAACGAAAACGAAGUGGACAAGGGUAUGAACCUGUAAGAGCUGAAAGCAAAGCAGAUCUGAAGUCGUGUUCUUUCCAGUUCCCAGUUCCAGCUACACAAUUUUUUUUGGUCUGGAUUGCCAGAAUAAUAAUACAAGGUAUUGGUCCACGUGGCCAAGUGAAUACUCAGUAGGUAAUGAACUUUAUGGACACACAAAACUGAAAAGCUUCCAGGUCAGAGAAGAGCCCAUGAAUGCUGAAGGGAGUCCUGCCUCUAUCUGAGAACAGAUAGAGUCCUGUCUCCAGGACAGGGUUGAAGACCCCUUAGCAUCCCGUCCCCUGCCCCCCAGCAGUCCCUCAGGACCGCACUCACCAGCUCUGGCGUAGCCAGGUCCAGGCGCCUUUCCCAGGGGCACCGGCAGCUCCCUGUCUAUGGAGGCUGCUUUCUCACCAGGCGAGAGGCGUCUGUCCGUCAGUCAGAACGAUGUGCUCUUCGGAGUACACUCAGUGCCUGGGUUUGGCGCUCCUGCCUCUGGCGAUGACGAGUAUAUUUCUCAACAGUCUCCUCUUUUUCCCUGGAAUGCAGCUUGUGUCGACUGACAAAAUUCCCGAUGAGGCCUGGGAGUUUGGAGGGUUUCUGGGAAGUGGGAUCUUGAUAUUUUUCCCUGCUGUUGUGUACUUACGGCUAAAGAACUUUGACUGCUGGGGAUGCUUUAACCAUCCUGCAUGUGGGAGGUCAUUUUCAAAUUUCAAUUCCGUAAUAUUUUCUUCUGUUGGAAUCCUAGGAUCAGCAUAUGGAUUAUUUACAGCAUUGUUUGCUAUUUACAGGGGUCCCAAAUGUUUUGUAGGAGCUGAUAAAUGGGAGUAUCCUUUCCAUAAAGGGAACUAUCUAGUCGAUUUGAAAUUUUGGAAAGACUGCAAAAGUCCUCCCCAUAUUGUGCCCUGGCACUUGAGUAUUUUCAUCAUUCAGGGGCUAGUAAGUUCCAUUGAGUUGGUAAUUUGCACCGGUGAGCUGAUCUCUGGUCUCUUAGGAACAGUCUUUGUAUCAGAAAAGUGCCCGUGGGCAUACAGGGAGGUAUAGAGCUGCUGGACUCUUUAUAACAUUCUACGAUGCUCGCAGAAGAUCUAAGAGUACCCCUUUUCAUUAUCUUUGGAAAGAACCUCAUCUGUACACUCCAUGAGAAGGACUAGAGAAAAGAUAGCCUUGCUGCUUUCUCAUCUGUGCAACAACCUUUCUGGAUGUCAACUCAAGUUAAAAAUCGCAUGUUAAAAAGUUCAACAAGCUAUUGUCCAAGAACAAUACAUGAAACAAUUUCUCUGGCUACUCUCCACAUUUUUAUGCUUCUGUUCAUCUUUUGGUUUUUCCAGAUGAUAGCUACUUCCUCUGGGUCUAGUGAUUAACCUUUCGGUGGUUAUUCCUAUUGCUAUAUAGCUCCUGAGCCCCCACCAGUGUGUUUCCUAUUAACAACCAGUCAGUAGACUUAAUUAACUUUCAGCACAGACAUUUAUUAAGGUGGUAAAGACCUUUGGCACAAAAAACUGCCCAACAAAAACCCUGUGGUACAGACACUCACAUAUAUACCCAGUUUUCAUGGGAUGAUUGGGUUCAAACAUGGAAUGUAAUAGUAGUGAGCCACACAUGUAGCUACAUGAAUAGUAAAGGGUAAUUUACAAUUCCUAGUACUGGAAGUUCUUCUGUUUUUGUGUGAUUUUCAUACAACUUACCUUGGAUGCAGCUCUUUUCUGGUCAGCUUGCUCAGCUGAUUUCCCAGAGCCUGUUCUUUUCUUGAAUUUAUAAGCAUUGCUUCUUUCCACCAUAAGUGUUCACAUUCUAAGAAGCUACCCCCUCCUUUGGAGGACUGUCUCUCUUUAUCAGUGCCUUCUCUCAGAGGGUCUUUCUUUUCCUCAAUGGAUGCUCUGUCUCCUAGUAAUUGAAUAGCUACAAUUACGUGGCCAGUGGGGGUGGAGGCAGAAAAAGUUCUCUCUUACUCCAAAAUGACUCCCUCUCAGGGGGCUGGUUCUUCCUCCACUUCUAGCUCCAACUUUUAAUUGCCACUAAAAUUCCUCCAGCUAUUUAAAGCCUUCAGAGGCACAGCCGACCUAUAUUCAAACUCAUUCCCUUCUUGACUCAGUUAAGAAGUUCACAUCUCAUAAAGAUGUAAUAGUGAAUCUUGUGUACUCAUUAAAAGUGUGUAUCCAUCCUUA